GGUCAGUUGGUGGUGGUGGUUUUUGUCACAUACCAAUCGACAAAACAUUAACAUCUUCAUCUAAACGACUUGAAGUACUAUUCACAAAUGUUUGUAGGCACGACUUACGAAACACGCAGCGUGUAGUUGCAGUUCACCCGUCAUUGUCUUCGGUUCGAGUACAACGUGGUCACCUUGAAAACUCAAAAUCGAACAAAAACUCGCCAAUCAUGUUUGCCCUACUUGUUCAGCGGUUCGUCGCUGUUUCUACUUGCGCAGUCCUCGCGUUCUCUACGCGCUUUUCCCUCGGCCUGCGGUUGCAGCCGGGCCAGCCGCAGGCUCUAGAAAAGAGCAGCGAUUUCCUCGAUGCGGUGGAAGAUCUCCAUGACGAACCCGUUCCAGAGGAGCCGAGAAGUUCCAAGAUGUUGCGCGACAGUACUACAGCCAGUGGUGUCUGCAAGAGUAGUUCUUGUUCCACCAUGACAACCACUUCCCCGACGAGCGCUAGUUGUUCCGAUCCCCACUCUCCUGCUGGCGCGUGUACUAGCAUGACCUCGAUGUUGCCGCCCAACACGCCGGGAGGAGCCAGCAGUAGCGGAAGUUCUUGGACGCAAACGUACGAAAUCGGCACGCCGACCCAGCGCGUGAUCGAUGCGACACCGCCGGUGGUCGAUAUGAGUUCCGAUCUUGCAAAGAUUUCCCCGGAGGACUGUCCGGUGUGUCCCGGCGGCAUGGGUUUGUUCCACCAGAUGGAGCCGCGCAAGGUCGGAGACAUGCCGCCCGGAAACCAGAAGGUGUACUGCAACCACUGCGCGCUGGUGCUGAAGAAGGAGGAUCCCUACAUGGCAACAGGCACCACCUACUUCCACUGCCCCUACGAAGAGUGCGACUACGACGUCUGCACGGAGUGCGCGAAGAUUGGGGUACUGGUCGUGUGCAUACAUCAACUAACCCUGCUUCUCUUUGCGUGCAAGAUAAGGAGAGUUUUUGUUUUUCCAUUUUUUUUUUUACUUAAAUUUAGAAGUAGGGCAAAACAUAAUAAUGAAAAUUGGGUUUUCGUUUUCAAAAAAAUGAAAAUCGCGAAACAACCUCCCAGGUUGCCACCCGCAUGCACGGCUCGCACGAAAUGGCUGCCAUCAACGAGGGACUGGAGAGCAUGCAGCAUCGUGUUGCCUCGGAUUGGGUGGCUUUGGGCAAUGCACUCUCGAGCAUGUUCGUGUCGGAGAAGGUGCCGGACCGCGCGCGGAUUCCCAUGUUGAAAGCGUCCGCGGCGUCGAUGAGUGCGGAGGAGUGGACGGCGGAGCAGCACCGACUCGCCGAAAUGCGGAAGGCGAAGCGCGACGCCAAAAAUGCAAAUGGUGGGCUCGGAAUGGGGAAGGAAAAAGAAGCGUAGUGGAGAGUGACGUUGGUUUUGGCUUCUCUCAGUUUCUACGCUAAAAGUACAUUAGACGUUUCAGGAACGAUAAAAUCAGGACGAGCAGCUUCAGCAAAUUUUGCAAUGAUAUCGAUCGAUGCUUUUGAGAACGCUGAUAUCUUCUGCGUCUUUGUGCCUUACCCUAGCUUGUGAUCAUACAUAAUGUCUUGUCUGCUAAAACGAAAAUACAACAAUGUACUUACUUACUUGCUUAUGAGACUGCGCAUUGUGCUUGUCACAUCACGAUAUACAUUUUUGACGUUUUUCUGCUCGCUUCUAGAACCACAGAAACCUAGCUUUUUUGUUUCGCUAUCGGUUUGUUUAUCGUUUCAAGCCAAAAGUAUGUCAAUGCAAGAAGCAAUCGUAACUGGUGCUGCCCCCUGUGAAUACGUAUUGCGGAAGAUGGGAUAAAGGAAAUGCGCUUCUUUUUGCGAAGUAAUGUUGUCUACAAAUUGUUCAGCAAAGAUGUAACAAAAAAUCCGC